AUGCCUCUCCGCGGGCCCGUCCCCGUCAUCCACAGCACUCGCGACAAGAACAGCGAGAAGGUCCAGGUGGGGCCGACCACCAUCUACAUCAUGGAGGACGGCUCGCACACGGACAAUCGCAUCGGCUGCAUGGUGCUGGAGCUGCCCGCCGGCACCUCGGGCCCGCCCAUGCACUGGCACCGCUUCCACGACGAGUGCUUCUUCGUGACCAAGGGCCGCGUGGCCUUCGUCACGCCCGACGGCGAGGUCGAGGUCGGCACCGGGGAGCUAUUGACAGUGCCGCCCAGAGCCAUCCACACAUUCAAGAACGCGAGCAAGACCGAGGAUGCCGAGUUUUUCAUGACGGCGACACCAGGCUACUACAUGGAUUAUUUCCGCACGAUGAGCAAAGUUACGACCUCGGGGCAGAAACUAAUGCCCGAGCAAACGCAGCAUAUCAUGGAGCUGUUUGGAACAUUCCCACCGGAUGUUGAAUCUGAGCCCUGA